AUGGCCAAGCACCAAGCUCAGCACGACACCGAGGCUCUUGAUCCUGGGAUGCAACCCUUCUUGGGGCAACCUGUUGUUGAUGGUAGGUUGCGUCCUCCUGGUGCAGCCAAGCGCCGUCACCAUGGGAGCGUCUCGUGGCUCACUAUCCUUGGAAUUUUAUUUCUCACGUUUAACUCUGGGAUGGCCAUCUACCGGUCCCAGGGUGAACGAUGGGCCAUUGCGUACGUCGUCGUCUCCUACCUAGACUUGCUUAUGCUCUUUUUCAGUCUCAGGUGGUAUGAGAGCGCCGAGCCUGGUUCGCUAAUAAGGGACCGUCUCAAAGUAGUUACCUGGGUGCUCACGACAGCGCUCACCCUACUAUUUACGACUAAGGUUGCAGUCGUCAUGCCCACCGUAGUGGCCGUGGUAGUUUGGCUCAUGGCCUUCACCACUAUCGGAGGAGGAUUCUAUGCCUUCUUCUGUUACAGUGAAAAAGAGUGA